GCCGCCGGCUGGGCUGUUGCUCCCUGACGGGUGACUGCGGCGGGUCCUCGCCAUGGAGUCCUACGACGUGAUAGCGAACCAGCCCGUCGUGAUAGACAACGGUUCAGGCGUGAUUAAAGCAGGUUUUGCUGGUGAUCAAAUACCGAAAUACUGCUUUCCAAACUAUGUGGGCAGACCAAAGCACGUUCGUGUUAUGGCUGGUGCUUUAGAAGGGGACAUUUUCAUUGGUCCAAAGGCAGAGGAGCACAGAGGUCUCCUCUCGAUCCGAUACCCAAUGGAACAUGGCAUAGUGAAGGACUGGAAUGACAUGGAGCGCAUUUGGCAGUACGUGUAUUCAAAAGAUCAGCUUCAGACAUUCUCAGAGGAGCAUCCUGUGCUGUUGACAGAAGCACCCCUAAACCCACGCAAGAACAGAGAACGUGCUGCUGAAGUGUUUUUUGAGACCUUCAAUGUUCCAGCACUAUUCAUCUCCAUGCAAGCUGUUCUCAGUCUGUAUGCUACUGGGAGGACUACAGGAGUAGUGCUGGACUCUGGGGAUGGCGUUACCCACGCAGUCCCCAUCUAUGAAGGCUUUGCCAUGCCUCACUCCAUCAUGCGGAUUGACAUUGCAGGCCGCGAUGUCUCACGCUUCCUGCGUCUCUAUCUCCGGAAGGAAGGCUAUGACUUCCACACGACCUCAGAGUUUGAGAUUGUCAAGACCAUCAAGGAGCGUGCCUGCUAUCUGUCCAUAAACCCCCAGAAGGAUGAGACUCUGGAGACCGAGAAGGCUCAGUACUACCUGCCAGAUGGAAGCACUAUUGAGAUCGGUUCUGCCCGCUUUCGUGCCCCGGAGCUCUUGUUCCGGCCAGACCUGAUAGGGGAAGAAUGUGAAGGACUCCAUGAGGUGCUCGUUUUUGCCAUUCAAAAAUCAGAUAUGGAUCUGAGGCGAACACUUUUCUCCAACAUUGUGCUGUCUGGAGGCUCCACGCUUUUCAAAGGUUUUGGUGAUAGGCUCUUGAGUGAGGUGAAGAAACUAGCUCCAAAGGACGUCAAAAUAAGGAUAUCAGCUCCUCAGGAGAGAUUGUAUUCUACAUGGAUUGGUGGCUCUAUUCUGGCCUCGCUGGAUACUUUUAAGAAAAUGUGGGUUUCAAAAAAGGAAUAUGAAGAAGAUGGAGCUCGCGCCAUCCACCGAAAAACCUUCUAGCCCUGGGACCUAUCCUCAGUCUCCUCUGAAGACUCACUUCAGUUCUAAACUCGCUUUUCUGAGUCCGAGUGUCUGAGAGCUGCCUGUAUGUGUGUGUGUGCGCCAGCAUGCCCCGAUGUCACUGAGCAAAGACGACAGCAGCAGGAGGGUUGUAUUAGUACUAACUACUUAUUUUUUUUAUUUUUGUUGUUUUUUUUUUUUAAUGGAAAGGAUAAAAUAACGAUCUGCUUUUCUUCAGUUCCUUAGUUUCUGUGUUACGAUCACAUUUGCCACUGUAAAACAAGCAAGGAAAAACAAAGGGAACAGUUUAGAAUCUGCCUAGCAAGUCAGAAAGGAGCCAACCACUGCAAACUGCUCACGUAGGCUUUAGUCAGCCUGACUGCAAUGCCUGGAUUGUCUGGAAAUACAUCGCUGAAGCCCCAUAGCUUCUUUCUUCUUCAGCAGUGUCUCCACCAUCAGUAGGUUUUUGGAGUUGUUUUUAAUAUCUUUUUUUUUUUUUUUUUUAAUUAAGAGAAAGCACAUUUGUAACAGUUAAGCCCAUUUGCCCCCACUAUUUUUGGUGUGUGUGUGUGUGUGUGUGAGUGAGUGUGUGUAACUUCUCAGACUGAUGUGUGGGUCUGUGCCACAGCAGGAGAAGUUGGUGAUAGGACUUAGUUUGUAUUGCAUGGAGUAGAACAAAGCAAUCUCUAAUCAGCUUUCAUUAUGCUAGAUGGUUAUUCUCUUGUUCCUUCUUUUUAAUACCUUUUCUCCUCUGGAAGCAAGUGCCCCAGAGUGGGAGUGAAGGCACUCGAGUGUUCUCCCUCAACCUGCCAAGAUCUACAGCUUUCAUGUUCUUUCUCUGCAGGAGCUGGGGCUGUUUCCCUCCUCCUUCUCCAUGUCAGGGCAAAGAGAGCAUGUAUUUUCAGCCAGGCAUAACUCUUGUGUACUUUAUCCAUUUGGGGGGCAAAAUAAUAGUUGGAAAGGUGCAUUGUAAUGUAAGAAUUGUUUUAUUUAUUGAAAUCUCUGAGGAUAUCUCAAAUACUGACCACAGCACCUGGGAAUUGUUCUUUGGGUCUUCUUUGAACACCUGUUAUCCAGCUGUCCAUUAUUUUAUGUUAACACUGUUUACAGCACACAUGCUUAGCAUAAUAACCAGUCAGCCCUGCUACACCACUGAAUAACUGUUUUUGAGGAAGUUUUGCUGUUCUCUAUGAAUACACUACAUGAGAGGACAAUAAAUUGUAUUAGUACGUGUAUACUGAUGUGAGCAGCAGGGUUUUCAGCAGCAAGCUGUUGCAGUGGCUGGGUUCUGCUGUCCCAUUGAGCUGCUUAUGCCUUUCUGCUCAUCUACUGGCUGCUCUUCUGUAACUGCUGCUUCUACAGAGAUUGGAAGACCUCCAGAGCAGCUUGUGUUGGGUUGCGGCACUGUUAGUUUUGAGUGUUCUUAUGCAUUACUUGGUGCUCAUUUGCUUCACCACUGAUUUUCUGCAGUACCUGACGUUAGCAGUGGGCCUGGAGUUGCUUGGUGGCAGUUCCUCUGUGUUCCCCUCCUUUCUCUUCAUUUCCACACAUCACCCUGGGGUCACUCUCCAGAGCCAAUACAGGGCAAGAGCUGGAGAGCUGCAGCAGCCCUGCUGCAGAGGCCUGGCAGAAGCUGGUGCACUGCCCCAGCAGAUGUGAAUGUAAGCAAGUAGUGCGCUGCUCCAGCAGGAAGCACAUUCUCAGGGCUCACUGCUGGGCUCAGAGAAGUUGGAGGUAUGCAGAUUUGGUGGUCUGUUCCCAGCUGAGGCCAUACUGCUCACUCUCCUACUCCUGUCAGAACAGAUUGUAUUUUUAAGUAAGAACAAGUCAGGUAGAGAACUGUCAGUGCUCAGCCUUGUUCCGACAGAAGAUCGUUGCAGUCUUGCUGAUUAGCUGCAGCAUGCAGAGAGGAAGAAACAAACUCCUCUCUGUUCACCUACCACAUGCCCCAGGCAGUGCCAGUGGUCUCUUCUCCCUCCCCAGCUCCUCUGCUGGCCUUGCAGAAGCAGCAGUGCUCCAUUCUGUAAACUGCAGUGACCGGACAGAAAGGUGCCGUCUCCAAUCUAGCAUUCAUUUGAUCUGCCUGACUGUUCCCUCGCACACUGUCCAAACCAUGUUGCCUGGUGGUGCCCAGCAUACUUAAAUAAAGUCAUUCAUAUACAAACA